UUAACCCUCUAUUAUGUCAUCUCUCUGAUUAUUGAUUAUCUUCUCUCUGACUUUAUGCAGAACUUUAUUAUCUAAGUUCUUCUGCAGCUCGGGAAGUUUCAGCCUUCAGGGCUUCAACACAGUCCAGACUGCACCGCUGGUGUUUGGCCACCAGAGGGAGAUGCAGCAGCAGGAGGAAGAUGAUGGAGGUCAGUGACUGAUUAGGUAAACUAACAGGUGAAGCAGAUGGUUCUGGUUCUGAUUGGCUGUUGAACAGGAUGAAUGAAUCUGAUUGGAUGUCAGUGGGUGGGCGGGGCCUCUGCCUGUGUGGCAGCAGCUGUGCAUCAGGACUCCAUUACCCAGCAUGCAGCGGGGCAGCCAGUAAAAUCCCUAAAGAGGAUUUGAGUGGAUCAGAGAGGAAACAUGCCGCUGAAGAAGGAAGAUACGGAGCGCGCUCUGCAGGUCAUGGAGGCCUGCCAGGCCCAGGCUGCUGACGGGGUCAAAGGUCGAGCUGAGAGGCUGCUCAGCAUCUUCCAGAGUGACCUGUUCCAGGCUCUGCUAGACAUCCAGGAGUUCUACGAGCUGACGGUGUGUGAGAGCCAGACGUCCAGCCGGCCACACACACCUGCACAGAAGUACCGUUACCAUGACGAUGAGACGCCGCCUGUGGACCCCAGCCCCGGUCACAUGACCCACAGCGCCGAGCUGAGCCACGCCCACCUGGACGGAUACACACACCCUGCAGCCGCGCUCACUAUGAACGGAUCAGAAGGAGAGCUGGAGUAUGAGGAGAUCACUCUGGAGAGGGGGAACUCUGGUCUGGGCUUCAGCAUCGCGGGCGGAACCGACAACCCGCACAUCGGAGACGACCCGUCCAUCUUCAUCACCAAGAUCAUCGCAGGAGGAGCCGCCGCCCAGGACGGACGCCUCAGGGUGAACGACAGCAUCGUGUUCGUGAACGACGUUGAUGUCCGGGAAGUCUCUCACUCAUUGGCUGUGGAGGCACUGAAGGAGGCGGGGCCUGUGGUCCGACUCUACGUGCUGCGGCGCCGACCGCCCAGCGAACGCAUCGCACAGGUCAAGCUGCUGAAGGGACCCAAAGGUGAGCAGAACCACUGGUACCAGCAGAACCAACAGAACCUUCUACAGAUUCUACAGUUAAGAUGCUUUAGCUGGUUCUGAUUGGCUGAGGUUCUGGUUCCAGAAACAGAUGAUUUUUGAGGUGACCUUUGAACCCAUCCAGGCUCUGAACUUAAGUUAAGUUUGGACUUAAAGAGGAACGAUCUAGAGUUAUAGAUCUGGAGUUAUAGAUUUGGAGUUAUAGAU